UUGCAGACAUUUCUCCUCGAGGUGCACGCCGAUCAUGUCGUGGCGCGAGUGACUUCUGCAGUUCAUACCAUGGCCUCCUCCGUCCGACUGCUGCUGCUGUGUGCCAUACUCACGUGUGCCCUAAGUGUCCGCUUCCCCGAGCGCCGGGACGCGAUCGACGACGAGUUGGCCGAAAAGCCUGAGUCGGACGACGACAGUGUCCGGGACGCGCGCCACCUCGGUCCUGGCGGCUUCAGUGGUGGUCUCUUGGACACGGCCGUGUCUGCCGAAGACGCCGACCCGUACAGACACCGAGGCCGCGGUCGACGACCCUUCCCGCAGGACCAGCCCUUCCAGCAGUACCACCGGCCGUCCAGGGAUUACGAGCUGCUCGUCAACCUUCUGGUCAGAAACUCGAGCAGUUGGGACAACAUCAAUGUCGACGGCGACCCCAGGAGAUUUCAAGACCGGCUGGCCGCAAUGCUUAACGACAUGAUACCCCAAUCAUGCUGGUAUCGUGGAGAGAAGUUCGAGUGCGGCCUGAGUUUGAGUUGCGUUCUGAGCAACAGCAAACCUUUGGACCUUUGCAGCGGCGGCAUGAUUUGGAGUUGCUGCGUCCCUCACCAAAAACUGUCCUCCAGCAACGAGGUUUCAACCCCCGCAGUCGCUGCCCUUGAAAAUGCCACUCUCGAUUUUCUACUGAACCGUCCGCCGUCCACCAAUAACUUUGACAAUAACUUCAACGACCGGCCCUUCUUUGGGCCCAGUGGUGGUGAAUCGCGGCCUCCGCCGUACAGGCCGCAGCCCGUCAACAACGUUCCGGACAUCUUCAAACCAGGAGGCUUCAACGACCGGCCGCCGUAUCGGCCGCAGCCCCAACAACCAGACUUCCCGCCACUCGACGACUUCAACCGUCCCAGUGGGCCGGCGCAGCUCAACUACAGGGGCUGCGGUGAGCUCUACUCGCGCAGCAACCGCAUCGUUGGAGGCCACAGCACGUCCUUUGGCAGCCACCCUUGGCAGGCUGCCAUCAUCAAAUCUAGCUUCCUGUCCAAGAAGCUCUCUUGCGGAGGCGCGCUGCUCAACAACCGGUGGGUGGUGACUGCGGCGCACUGUGUAGCCACAACUUCAAACAGUAACUUGAGAGUCAGACUUGGCGAAUAUGAUGUGAGGGAGCAAUCCGAGCGCCUAACACACGAGGAAUACGCCAUUGAAAGAAAAGAGGUACACCCUCAGUACAAUCCGACCGACUUCAGAAACGACGUCGCGCUGCUGCGUUUGGAGCGCGAGGUGACAUUCAAACAGCACAUCAUUCCCGUGUGUCUACCCAAUUCAAGAGUGAAACUCGUAGGCAAGCAGGCAACGGUUGCUGGAUGGGGCCGCACCAGACACGGGGUGUCCUCGGUGCCGAGUGUGCUGCAAGAGGUGGACGUGGAGGUUCUCACCAACGACAGGUGUCAAAGGUGGUUCAGGGCGGCUGGCAGAAGGGAAACGAUUCACGACGUCUUCCUUUGCGCCGGGUACAAAGAAGGAGGACGUGACAGUUGUCAGGGCGAUUCUGGAGGACCACUGACUACGACGUUGGACGGUCGUCGAGUUUUAAUUGGUCUUGUCUCGUGGGGUAUCGGCUGCGGCAGGGAACAUUUGCCAGGAGUGUACACCAACAUCCAGAAGUUUGUUGGGUGGAUUGAAAGAAUUGUCGGCUGACGAGUGUAGAGCGAGUUGCUAAACCGUCUGUGAUGUAUUUAUACCUGACACAGUUCAUAGGAAGUCGUGAUCGAGGUGUUAAAAUUUGUGCCUAAAACGAGACCAAGUGACUUUUUACCUCUCGUGUACCAGUUCAUUACACGCCUAGAUGAUUGUAAAUGAAAUUAUACCAAUAGCAAAAAUAAUCGCAUUUCUUGAAAAUUAACAAUAGAUACGUAAUAAUGAUCCACUUGUCUGUAUUCAAGUGGAGAAAAAUACCAGAUUUUACUGUUUUAACAAAUAAGCUUUGAGCAAAAUCUACAUGUAUUUAUUGACUUGUAAUAUUUAUUUUACAAAAUCGGAUUUUCAGAUGAAAAUUUUUGGUUAAUAUUUGGUUGUAUUUUGUGCAAAGACCUGCAUUGUCAAAAAAGGUAAUUAUUUUUUAAUAAAAUUUGUACAUACGA